CCCCCCGCAGUGCAAACGGCUGCGAUGUCUCGGCGCUGCAGCUGGGGCGACAGCCGGCGGCAGCGGCGUUCCUGCUCCGGAGGCCGUCGCCCUCCGGCUGCUUCCGGCUGCUUCAACGGAUACCACGGACGCGGCGGCCCCCAGCCAGGAAACAGCCACCUCGCGGUCCUCACUGCCCCCGCCCUCCGCAACAGCGGCUGGUGCUGCUGCACGCACAUCGGCAGCAACGUCGGAAGACUCGGGAGGAGGCGCAACAACAACGACGGCGACAAGGGCAGCGGCAGAGGCGGAGACGGCGGCGGAAACGCCGCUGAUGUGGGGUCGGCACAGGGUGGUUCUGGGGGGCUUCGAGUUGCAGUUACGCAGCGACAUGGAGUGUAAGGAGUUGGGGCUGUUCCAUCCGGAGCGGUACCUGGCGGGAGGGGACUGCAUCGAGCGGCCGCCGGGCUCAGGAGUCUUCCUGAGCAGGAGCCAGUUUGAGAGGGCUGGCGGCGCGGUGACAGCCAAGUGGCACCGAUCCAUCCGGGUGCUGCCGCAGCUGGAGCGGCUGGGCAGCUGGCUGGAGAGGCACGGGCUGCCGGUGCUCAAGGGAAGCAGCAGACGGCGUGGAAGAGGGGCUCCCGGGGGGAUCCUCCUGCCGAGGGGCACUGCCCCUAGCCCCGACGGCACCGCCGAUGCCAAUGCCUCCGCGAACAGAUUGAACACGGCUGCUGCUGCUGCCACUCCUGCUGAAGCUGCUGCUGCUGUGAGGACGGGAGCUGCUACUGCCGACGCCGGCGACGACGCCCCACCCGCUACCGCCACUGCGGCAGCUGCUGCGACUCGUGCCCGUGGUAGGAAUGCUGCUGGCGUUACGAGGUCACCAACGGUUGCUGCUACCGAU